AUGACUAAAGAGGAUGUUGCCAAGUUAAAAAUUGGGCAACAAGAAUUUACAGAAAAAGAUAUUUUGCCUGGAAAGAAGUGUCUUAUAACAAAUCAUUUAAAACAUCAUUAUCUUGAAGUUUAUCCUAGCAAUUUUACUAAUAUGGGUUCUGAUAGAACUUUUGCACUUAGAGGAUAUUUAUCUAUCACCAUUCGGUUUAAUUUAUUAAUACAUGAUCUUUAA